CUCCAGCUGUAGAGAAGCCAUUUUAUUUGCACCCGUGUAUAGUACAUUGCGCUUUACCACAAUUUUUUCUUUAUAAAAUGCCACGAAAGAAAUCAGAGGAUUUUUAUAGAACCCACGGGUUUACCGCGAACUUUGAUAAUGGUAAAUAUUCGGCGACCUGCCAUUUCUGCGACAGGGUGCUCCAAAAUACAGCGCUUUCGCGCCUAUCGUUACACAGGCAAACGUGUGACACUAGACGAAGUAGAUGUCCGGUAAUAUUCCGCACCGAUGUGGAGAAAGAUCAGGAUGAAGAUGGUCCACGGAUCAAGAUCCAGAAAAUAUCGAGCGAAGACGAAGACGGCGGCUUGGACAACGCUACCGAAGGCAAGGAGAUCAUAGUUAAGAUUCAACAAAUUCUGGAUGAGGCUGAUGAGGUGGACACCGUCAAAGCCAAGCCCAAAAUCAAAACCGAAAUUCGCAAAACGAACUGCUCCAAGAAUCAACAAACGGAAGAGCAACAUAUGGAAUUUGAGAUCUCCAACGUUGAGGUGCAAAACCGCGAAUACGUGGACUACUUGGACGAAAGCAAAGAGCAUUACAUAUUGCAGCACAAUGCGGAUGACUCGGCCAAUGGAACGACGACUAUCGUCGAAGCCAGGCCAAGAAAUAAUUUAGCCGCUUUGAAGGCGGACAAAACGCGAGCCGAGAUCAAACAAUUUCAGUGCAAGACCAAGUUCCUGAAAACGGAAACGGAGAACCUGAAACUGGAGCGCACACUUACUUUGCUGAGGAUUCAAAAGCUGCGUUUGGAAAUAGACGCUCUACGCGCUUAAAAAAAAUUAAACUAAAUUAAAAUUGACUUUAAUUUCAAUACUUGAUUGUAAAUGUAGGCAUAUUGACCCUUUCAAAACUGAACACUUUUUAAGCUGUAUAGAUUCUAAAAAAAACAUUUCAAAUAAAAAAUUGUAUUCAUG